CUUAUCAUUCAAAAUGGCGGCCGCCAGAUGGUCUUUGCUUGUGCUUGGAAUAUUGGUUCAUAUCAUUUAUCUAGCUUCCAUAUUUGAUAUUUAUUUUACUUCUCCACUAGUUCAUGGUAUGACGCCUCACAAAUCAACUCUUAAACCGCCAGCCAAGAGGCUAGUGUUAUUUGUCGCUGACGGUUUGAGAGCGGACAAAUUUUUUGAACUCGAUCAACGCGGAAAAAGUCGUGCGCCAUACCUCAGAGAUUUGAUAGAGAAGAAAGCAAGCUGGGGUGUGUCACACACAAGAGUUCCUACAGAGUCACGUCCUGGACAUGUUGCCCUUAUAGCUGGAUUUUAUGAGGAUGUGAGCGCUGUCGCUAAAGGUUUGUGAAAAUGUAUUGGAAUAUUUGCGCGCGCGUCAACCCAAAUUAUAAAUAAAACUAAUUCUAUCACAAUUUAAGCUUACUUCUGAGGGACCUCAGAGGUUAGUCCCCAUAUAGAGUUGGCUUCAACAGUUCCCGAGUGUAACUUAAUAUCUGAGGCCAAAAUGUUUUUUUUCCUUUUUCUUUCCUUUUUUCUGCAGCGGGGAGGGGUGGGGGUUACUUGUCACUUGUUGGGCUGAGAGAAUCGCUUUUGUGCUGGUUUGUCGUUUUGCAGAGCAUCUGUGUCCAUGGCAUUUUUGUUUUGAUUGGUCCUGAUAUUCUUUGAUGGCCUUAGAUCAAGGAUAAAUUGAGCCAUAACAUAUAUGUUACAAGUUAAAAUUAAAUUCAGGUUAAAUUUUUUAACCUAGGUUGAUUCUCAAUUUCCUUUGUCUCGUAACCCCAAUUAUUCAUGAGUUCAGGCUAGGAGACAAAGAAAAUUGAGAAUCAACCAAGGUUAAAAAAUUUUAACCUGCGUUUAAUUUUAACCUGUAGCAUAUAUACAUGUAGGGCCAGUCAUUUAAACAGAGUUUAACCAGUGUUUAAGGAAACCGUGUUCUAAGUCAUAUUUAGUUUACCCAACACUUUUAUCUAAGCACCAUUUGUGGUGAUCAGUUUCAUUAAAGCAUAUAGUGUAGACUAAAAAAGCAUUUAUCUUCUUAACUUGACCCACUAAAGAAGAUAUCUGGAGAUCCAAAGAUUUCUUAAACCGUGGUCUACGUUAGACCUCAUUUAAAUAAGCGACCUGUAAUGGCCUAGCCUUGUCAUUAAGGUGUGGUUAAAAAUGUAUUUGAUGUAGGGGUUUUCAAAGCAGUUCAAUUUUUUCCCCUCUUUGUUCCAGUUUUGUAUGAAUUAUGGCAGUUUUCAUACUGAAGGAUAAAUUGUCUGGAUGGACAAGUCAUUUUAAGAUUAGACAAAGAAAAUUGUAGACACCACUUCUCUGAUUUUGUUUGUCAUUUUGUCCAUCCUUCUUCUUUUUCUUGGUCAAUAUGUUUGCCUAGACAGACAAGUUGUCAAAAGACCAACCUAAAUUCAGAUGGUCACUGUAAAAAAGGCCCUUGUCUGAAAAUGAUGUCCAAUUGUGGCUUCACAGAGAAAGUGUGCACAGUUCACUCUUUCCAAGGCAGACACUGUUGGGAUUAGAUGGAAUUGUCCAAUCUAGACAACCAAAGAAAAUGACUGAAGUACAUGGCAAGGGCCAACUGUAGGUAUCUCAUUUAGGUAGGGUGUCUUUUAGAGUGGUCUAUAAAGAGAGAGGGCACAUAGAUUUUUAAAUUAAUAUUGUUAAUUUCCUGUUUUAUGUAAUACUUGCUACAGGCUGGAAAGAAAACCCAGUGGAGUUUGAUUCCACAUUCAAUGAAAGCCGCUACACAUGGGCGUGGGGAAGCCCUGAUAUUUUACCAAUGUUUGCCAAGGGAGCCUCUGGAGAUCAUGUGUUUACUUCCAUGUACCCAGAUGUUGCAGAGGAUUUUGCAGAUGAAGAUGCUGCUAAACUUGACACCUGGGUGUUUGAUGAGGUCAGGGAAUUCUUUGAUGGUGCAAGAACUAAUGAAACACUGAAGAAGAUGCUUUUUCAAGGACAAAUUGUAUUUUUUCUCCACCUACUAGGUUUGUUGCUUGAAAGAGAUUCUAUUUAUGUUUGUCCAUAACUUUGAUUCUCACUUGCUCAACAUAUUGUUUAAGAAUUCUUUUUUUGUGUAGUUUUACUUGUAUUUGACACUGAGCAUUCCAUACAUACACUGUUUAAAGGUGUACCCAUUACUACUCCUGAAGGACGAUCAUGAGGUUAUCCCUAUAUUAAAAUCUCUCCUUACAGAUAACCCACCCAGCCCAGGAAAGGUUGGCCAUGCCACCAGGGUCCACAUCUCCUACUCUUUUCAGUGGCAUGGGUUCUUUUAUGUCCCACAAGAACUAAAUAGGUGAAAGUGCUGUGAGACAGGACCUAUGGUUUUUCGUCCUUAUCCCAGAAGACUAGAAACUCUAACCAUUUUCAGAUGUCAUUACAAAGGCAGCACUUUCUUCUCAGUUAUUUAAAGACCCUGACCGAUGACUGGUGCUCUCCCAACUGAGCUAACCAGACAGUGGGUCCUACUCAUUUUGAUCAGAAACAGAAAAUACUUUGAAAUGUUGAGCACUCCAAUGAAACCAUACCUGACAUUAGACCAUAAUGGGCAAAAUCUAUACCUGUUUUUCAUACCAAAACCUAAAACACUAUAUCCUUUUUGGAGGCACAUACCUAUAUAACUUAUAUAGGGGAGUUUCCCUCCCCCUACCCUCCCAGGAUCUUGGGAUGGCCAUAAAAUGAUGCAUGUGAGUCAGUCAAAUCAGUGAUAAAUCAACAACAUUGUCUAUCAGUAUAGUCAAAUCUCCAGUAAGCAACCAUCAUCUAGUGUUUGCUGAUGGAGUUUAUGAGAUUAUUGCUUAAAAGCAGGUCCAACUAUUGUGGUGCUUUGACUGGAAAAACUGAUUUCUUUUAUUUUGGAUGGGUGGUCCUUCAUGAGGGCAAUGAGAAGUAGCCUAUUUCAGGCUCUCAGAUAGUGGGGAAGAUGCGAAAGUGUAGGGUGCAGUUUCCUCGUGUGUUUUUUUUUUUUUCAAGUUCGCGCUUUCUCAAUUCCGCUGGCCUGACUAUCUCGGAACCUGAAACAGGCUAAAUGAGAAGUGGUUGCACAUAAAGGUUCAGUUGUCCAUUUAAAAUUUUAGCAUUGUUUUUUUCAUUGACUUAGUGCAGCAUUAGUAUUGUGAGACUACAGUCAAACCCCGCUAUUUCGAAGUCCCAAGGGAAAUGAAAAAAAGUUCGAAAUAGCGGGGCUUCGAAAUAACCGGGGAAGCGUAAAGAGGAAGAGUAAAUCCAAGGGCAUUCGAUCUUCCUUCGAAAUAGCGGGGACUUCGAAUUAACCGAGCUGGAUAUAGCGAGGUUCGACUGUAGUUGUGCCCACUUAAUACAGUCAAUUCAGGGUGUCCAUUUAAUACUUUUAGUUUACAUACUUAAAAUACUUCAUGUAAGUGAAUUAGAAUUAAAAGAUAAGUGUAUCUUUGAAAAAUGAAUGCUUAACAGGACUUUUUUGAAUAGGAAUUGAUACUAACGGCCAUGCCCACAGGCCAACCUCGCAAGAAUACCUCAAGAAUAUUGCUGUAGUUGAUGCAGGAAUAAAAGAAAUUGAAAAACUGAUUGAAGAUUUUUACAGCCAUGAUGGUCAGACAGCUUAUGUAAUGACAGCUGAUCAUGGUAUGACUAACUGGGGAUCUCAUGGAGCAGGACAUCCUCAUGAGACACUCACACCAUUACUAGCAUGGGGGGCUGGAGUGCGUGUUGCCCAAGCUCCAGAAAACAACAGUCACAUCUCAGAUGUAACGUAUGAGUGGAAGCUGGCUCAUCUGUCUCGUAAAGAUGUCAGUCAAGCAGAUAUUGCACCCCUGAUGACUUCUCUGAUUGGUAGGUUUUAGAGGAGUUGUGUGUGUUUUGUUUUUUAUGUAGAGAAUAUGGCUGACUCGUCCCCAGUCGUCUCUAAGUUGUCUCUACUCAUUAAUUAUUUACUAGGGAAGCGCUUGGGUUAUGCGCGUGGGGAAGAUGGGAAGGCGAGAGGAGGGGAGAGUCUCUCCCUUCUCCCUUCUUCCUUCCCGUCAUCCCCUUUGUUAAAGAGCCUGUUCUAGUCUUCCACGCCGAAUACUAAUAAUGAGAGACGAAUGGGGACGAGUCAGGAGAAUAUGGUAAAUUUAAAAAUACAUUAUGUACUGAAAAGCAGGGCUGACAAGUAAUAUUAUUAUAAUAGUAAUUGUAAUAAUUAUCUUUAUUCAAUCAAUAAAAUACAUAUUCAAGGUUACAAAAAGUCAUAAAGCAUAGCCUAUUUACUAAGCAGUUCUUAAAGUGCUCAGUGUUAACUAAAGAUAGUUGUAAUGUCAGUCUUGUGAUUGUUACUGUGUAGGAUUGGUCUGUAAAAAAUUAUUGAUAAGGUCCACUAUUAUUUCUUUCUAUCAUCAGGUGUUCCGUUUCCUCUGAACUCUGUGGGAGUUUUACCAGUGGAAUAUUUGAACAACACAGAAGAGUACAUUGCUGAAAACUUGUUCAUGAAUGCACAACAGAUUCUUGCACAGUAUGAAGUGAAGGAACUCUUCAGGAAAAAGACAUCAUUGCUGUUUCGGCCUUUCACCUCUUUGGCAGGUAAAGGAACAAGAGGUUUAUAUUAGUCGUUCAUUACGUUAAAAAGAUGUUUGACCACUUGACCCUUUUUUCCACAUUUUUUGCCAACUUUCAAUUCCAUUUUAAUUGUCUGGCUGAUCCAACUGAUACUUUCAGAAUCUGUUAGAAGACGGAGAACUCCCUAACAUUUGGUUUCCCUCUGAAAUGGGGACAUUUGACCUCUAAGGUGUUGCUAGUGCGUUGUUUGCAGGGUAUUUAAUUUAUUGUCUCAGCUAGGUCUAUAAUGUCAAUACUUUUAAUGCUUCUUAUUCUCUAUCUUUAAUAGAAAGGGGCUUACUGUGAAAGUAAGUUUGAAGAUUCAUGUACAGUGGCAGAAAAACGCUAUUCAUCGGGGAUUGAUUUCCUUUUUGGAUACUCCCCCAGUCUUACAAAACUGUCCCUGGGAAUUUUCGCAAACGAUAUUGAUUUAAAUGCAAACAGAAAAGUCAUGUGAACUAAAAUCUAUUAUCUGGCCACCUUGCAUUCAUGGUGCAUUUUUUCGUCUUUUUUUUAGGUGCAAAGAAAACCGGAAUGAUACGUGACAUAAAGGAAUUCUUGCGAAGCAAAAAGUAUGAGGAAGUAAUCAGCCUGAGUAGGGAACUUAUCCAGCUUUCUCUGGAUGGACUCAGUUAUUAUCAGAAUUAUGAUCGUGUUUUCUUGAAUUUGAUGGUCACUCUUGGGUUUUUAGGCUGGAUAUUCUGUAUAGUGCUACAGAUUAUCGAAGAUCAUAGUGAUAUCCUAAAAGAAGCUUCCAAGCUGCGCAACAAACAAUAUCAAGUUUUGGUUAAAUCUUUUACGGUGGACAGUACAUCUCUUGGUUUAGGCAUUGUUAUAGUUCUGUUAUUGCUCAUUCAAAAAGCACCGUGGAUGUACCAUAGUUACUGCUUAUUGCCGUUAGUUUUUUGGAACCGCAUUGCUAAAAGACUUCACAUGGUGCAUGCUGCUUUGGAUUACAUCCAUGCGAAGAAACUGCAAAGUAGAGUUUUUUUUACAUUGACGUUUGGUGCAGUCUCCUUAGAGAUUCUUGUAAUGAGUUUCUUUAGGCGUGAAAUUCUGUCAGUUGGCUUGGUUUGCCUGGCUGUUUGGCCAUUCAGUAACGCGCUGUUUACAAACUGUAAGCUGUCAGUAGCAUGUUGGAUGGUACUUAGCCUCGCACUGUCUGUGUUCCCAAUGCUUCCAGUAGUUGGUCGUGAAGCAAACUACAUGUUAGUCUCCGUGGCGGGAGUAAUAACUUUGGUUUUGUUCACGGUCAUAUUGCUUUAUAUCUCAAACACUUCAAGUCUCCUCAAGACAGAAAUAUCAAAAUCUUGGAGAAUUUUGCUUCCUCAAGUCACGCUUGUGAUUCUGGCAGUGUACAUCGUCAACAGCACAGCAUCAAACCUGCAGCUGAAACUUGGCCUCCCAGUCAUCAACCAGAUUGGAAGCUGGACAAUUUUCGUGUCUUCGUUUUUGCUGCCUCUUAUCAAUUCCAGUAAUUUGGUCAUCAGAUUAUCCAGUAUAGCAGUUGCGUUUUCCUCAGUUUAUUUGCUAAUGAGUACUGCUUAUGAAGGACUGUUUUUGCUAGCCCUUUCCUUACUUAUGGGAGCGUGGAUUUUGUGUGAACACAAACUGUCUGGUAAAACGCUGAACUCACUCUUAGAGACCCAACUGAAUUAUGAAAGCUCUACAACAACACAUCAGCCAGCCUGGAAGGUUCUCACAGAAGGACUGAACUCUCCUGUCAUUAGAAAACUCACCCUGGAAGAUCUUCGUUGCUCUUAUUUCUUUGUCUUCUUCAUAAUCGUAGCUUUUUUUGGAACUGGCAACAUUGCAAGCAUUAACAGUUUCGAUCCAGCAUCAGUGUAUUGUUUCCUAACAGUAUUUUCACCAUUUGUUAUGGGUAGUUUGCUCCUUUGUAAGGUUCUUAUUCCGUUUGUGAUUGUAGCAUGUGCGUUUGAUGCCAUACACGUGGUUUUGUCAAUUCCAGUCCAGAGUCUUGUUCUUGUUGUUCUAGUGAUGACAGAUCUUAUGGGACUGCAUUUCUUUUAUCUUGUGAAGGAUUCAGGAAGCUGGCUUGAUAUAGGAACAAGUAUCAGUCAUUAUGUAAUUAUGAUGGCCUUUAUUAUAUUCCUGCUUCCAAUAUUUGGGUUAGCAAGACUUUUUACUGGAGCCUCUCUCUCGUUAGGCAUGAGCAAGAAAAAAGUAUGA